AAGAUGCCCUCGUUCCUGUCCCUGUCUCCCCACGAGAUCGAUAUAAGGUUCCAAGAGAUUGUCUGGCUGGAGCGUCACCGCAUGGUUCAGAGCAUGGCCAACCCGUCUCCGGACUUUCGCUGGGCGCGCGUCACGGGCGACCAUCUGCGCAAGCUGGACAGAUACAUGAACAUACAGCCGUGGCAGAACAAUCGUGUCAGGCUGCGCGUGCCCGCCGGGAAGCAGGACUACAUCAAUGCCUCGCCCAUCUCUCUGAGCUACGCGUCGGACCGGUACAUCGCCAUGCAGGGGCCCAAGCACAAGACGACAGAUCACGUCUGGCGCAUGGCGGUCGAGCAGCUCGAGAGCCCUGGCGUCAUCGUCAUGCUGACCGAGACGCACGAGGGCAACCUCGAGAAGUGCUACCCUUACUUUCCGCGCCGGCCCGACGAUCCUCCGCUCGAGGUCGGCCGGAAGGACGAGUUUGGCGAUGGGUUCCGGGCCAGCGUGCGGUGUGAGGCCAUCGAGGAGACGGAGGCCGGUGACGCCAUCGAGCUGCGGAAGCUGGUGAUUCGAGAGCGCACCGUCUGGCACUUUUUGUACAAGAAGUGGCCCGACUUUGGCGUUCCAGCCCUUGGGGAUCUCGACAGCUUCUUCACGCUGAUGCGCCUGUCGCGCGAACGGAACGCCGGCCCAUCAAACCCGCGCAUUGUGCACUGCAGCGCCGGUGUGGGCCGGAGCGGCACGUUCAUUGCGCUGGAGCACAUCAUGCGGGAGAUGGACGCCGGUGUGCUGGAUGACUGGGACGCCAGGGACAAGAAAAUUGCCCGACACGCCAGCGACGAUCUCAUCUUCCGCACCGUCAACCAGCUCCGCGAGCAGCGCCGCAACAUGGUUCAGGCCGAGGCUCAGUUCCACUUUAUCUAUCAAGUUGUCCGCAAGCUGUGGGAGGAGCGCCAUGGA